AAAAGUCCGAUUGCUUGGUCUGGUAUCAGGAAAACCCUCCCAUAUCGCCAUGCUAUACAAGCUGCAUUCAGAAGCAUUCAGAUCGCCCUCCGCAACCUAAUGGAUAUUUCAGUUCAUCUGUUUAUAUAAGGAUGAACAAAUACAGAUUUACAUUUUUGAAGAUCUCCGUUUCUGAAUAAUUUAUUCUCGAGGAUAAUAUAUCAAGUUUUUGUGCAGCUGCGGACGAGAGACAUGACACUUUGGUGUACGAUGAAAGGGCAAGUACUGCUGUUGAUUUUGACGGGUUAUAAUAUUGUAGCAAUAUAUGGACAGAUUCGCUAUUCCAUACCAGAAGAAUUGAAAAAAGGAUCGUUCAUCGGCAAUAUUGCCCAAGAUUUAGGCCUUGAGCUAAAAAGACUGCGGGAAGGACGGGCCCGUAUCGUUACUGGAGACAGCAUUCAGUACGGACAGCUAGAUACAGACAAAGGGGUUUUGGUUGUCGGUGAGAGAAUAGACCGAGAACAGCUUUGUGGUGAGGUAUCUCCUUGUAGCUUCAGUUUCGAAAUUAUUCUUGAGAGACCAAUGGAGCUACAUAGUGUUACUGUAGAGAUUUUAGAUAUCAACGAUAAUCCCCCGACGUUUCAAAAUAAUGAAAUCAAGCUGGAAAUUAGCGAAACGGCGUCACCAGGGGCGCGCUUCGUAUUAGGUAGCGCGGAUGACCCUGAUGUGGGAAUAAAUUCUCUUCAGAAUUACGCUUUAACGCCGACUGAUAAUUUCAUUCUGAAACAACAUGAACGUCCGGAUGGAGUUAAAUAUGCUGAAAUGGUCCUUCAAAAACCGUUAGAUAGAGAAGAACAGCCACGCCUUUCUUUAAAAUUAAUAGCAAUGGAUGGGGGCAAUCCACAGAAAUCUGGAACUGUUAACAUCGAUGUUACUGUUAUUGACGCUAAUGACAAUGCCCCUGUGUUUAACCAGUCGGUUUACACAGCUCGUGUGUUUGAAUCUUCGCCAAAAGGCACAUUGGUGACUGUAGUGAAUGCGACUGAUGCAGAUAUUGGUUCAUAUGGUCAAGUAAGUUAUUAUUUUUCCAAUCUCAAAGGUAAUGUUGGCGACAUGUUUCAUUUAGAUGAAAAUACUGGUGUAAUAUCCGUAAGUGGCCAAGUAGAUUUUGAGAAGGUAAAAAAAUACGAGAUAAGCAUCCAAGCAAAAGAUCAGGGGGGGCUUGCGGAUUCUAGCAAAGUUGUCGUUGAGGUGAUUGAUGUGAAUGACAAUGAGCCUAUAAUAAAUGUAAUGUCGUUUUCCAGCCCUAUACCAGAGAAUGCUCCAUCUGGAACAACAGUAGCAAUAAUAAAUGUGAAAGAUUUGGAUUCGGAGAACAACGGUGAAGUAGUAUGUUCAAUAAAUCAAAACCUGCCAUUUAAAAUAGCAUCAUCCUUGAGAAACUAUUACACUCUUGUUACUGACGGUGUUUUGGACAGAGAGACUGUUUCAGAAUACAAUAUAACUGUAACGGCUACGGACUCUGGUUCGCCGCCUCUGGGUAGCACAGAAAGGUUGACGCUUAAGGUGUCUGAUGUGAAUGACAAUGCUCCAGUUUUUACGCAGAGCUCAUAUACGUCUUAUGUUAUGGAAAAUAACUCACCUGGAAAAUCUAUUAUUACAGUGAAGGCUAAAGACUCUGACUGGAGUCAAAACGCUCGAAUAUCAUAUCUUCUAGAAGAAACGUAUGUCGGCGGGGUAACUGCUUCCACUUACGUUACCAUUAACUCAGAAACUGGAGUUGUUUACGCCGAGAGAGCUUUUGAUUAUGAACAAAUAAGACAAUUUAGGAUUCUCGUGAAAGCUCAGGACGGGGGUUCUCCCCCUCUCAGUAGCAAUGUCACGAUUACAGUCUUGAUUCAAGACCAGAACGACAACGCGCCACAGGUUCUCUAUCCAGUACAGACUGGUGUCUCUCUGGUGGCUGAAAUGGUGCCUCGUUCAGCAGAUGUUGGCUAUCUUGUCACCAAAGUAAUCGCUGUUGAUGUGGACUCUGGACAGAAUGCAUGGCUCUCAUACAAACUGAUGAAAGCGACAGAUAGGGCGCUUUUUGAGGUGGGCCUACAGAAUGGAGAAAUAAGAACUUUACGCCAGGUGACUGACAAAGAUGCUGUAAAACAAAGACUUACUGUUGUAGUGGAGGACAACGGACAGCCUGCACGCUCAGCUACAGUCAAUGUGAACGUGGCGGUGGCGGAUAGCUUCCCUGAAAUGCUCUCAGAAUUCACUGAUUUUACAACGCAGGAGAAGGAACACAACGAAAAUAUGACUUUUUAUUUAAUACUGGCUUUGGCUGUAGUUUCCUUCCUCUUCAUUUCAUCCUUGGUGGCAAUAAUAUCAGUAAAAGUCUACAGAUGGAGACAGUCGCGCAUCUUCUAUCAAUCCAAUCUGCCAGUUAUCCCGUAUUAUCCACCCAGUUACGCAGACGCUGGAAGUGCAGGAACUCUGCAGCACAUGUACAAUUACGAGGUGUGCAGGACCACAGAUUCCAGAAAGAGUGACUGUAAGUUCAUCAGACCCUGCAGUCAGAGCGUUUUAAUAGUGGAUCCCAGCUCUUCAGAAACCUUGCAGCGCGUGCCGAAAGAGACAAACAUCUUGGACGAGCCAGAAUCACCGCUGCAGGUGAGAUUGUGUCUUUGUCAUUUUGAUUUCUGAAGUGGAAUUAACGAUUUUAUAACUUAUAGAAUGAACGAAUCUAUAUAAUUUGUAAAUGCAGUUUUCUAAUAUUCAUUGUUAUAUUUUACAUAUCUACA